AACCAACAUCAGUCGUUGUUAGUCCGUGUCUGGCGCUGUCGAACGGCGGGGUUUUUAUCGAGGUAUCGAAGAAUAUUAUCUACGUUAGAAACAACAUAAUAAAAUUGUUAUUCGAUUUUCUUUCUCGUAUUAUUAGUUCAUUGGAAAAUAAGGUAUCGAUCGUAACGAGAAAAAAGAUUAAUAAAAAUAAAAGGAGGAAAAAAAAUUAUUAUUUUCCUUCGUAAUAUAUCGAACGUUGUUAGAGAUUUUUAUCGGUCUCUCGUCGAAGCUCCUGGUGGUGGUCAAAAUGGCCGAAAAGAGCAACUCGAAGCCGGGUUCCACGUCGGCUACGACCGAUUCUCAAAAUAAUUCAUUAUUUCUAACCAAUUUUGUCGAGCAAAUCAUUAAGAGUCCUUCUAAUCUUAUAUUGGUUGGUAUAAUUGCAAUUCUUGUUUAUAAAAUUCUUAAGAGUAAAAUUAAAUCUAAGAAUUCACCAGUCGAAAUUAAACGUUUACCUAAAUUACAUCGUGAUUUCACCAUCGAAGAAUUGAAAAAAUAUGAUGGUCAUGGGCCGGAUGGAAGAAUAUUGGUUGCACUUAAUGGAAGUGUUUAUGAUGUUACUAGAGGUGCUGCAUUCUACGGUCCAGGUGCACCAUAUGCAGUAUUCGCAGGAAGAGAUGCUAGCAGAGGAUUAGCAACAUUUACAUUAGAACCGCUUAAGGACGAAUAUGAUGAUUUAAGCGACUUAGACAGCGAACAAAUGAGUUCUAUGAAAGAAUGGGAGUUGCAAUUUAAAGAGAGGUAUGAUUAUGUAGGAAAAUUAUUAAAACUAGGAGAAGAACCCACGAAUUAUUCCGACGAGGAAGACGAAGGUAGCCAGCAAGAGACUGAAAAUAAGUUGGAUCAACAAAAUACAAAGUCUGAUGUCUGUGAAGCUGAAACUAAAUCAAAAGAUGAUUGACCGCCCCGUUCUGUGUCUAAAAUGAAGAAAGAAUUUUGGGAAUACACUGCGUGCACAGAGUUGUUAAAAAAGUUCUUAGAUUUAUUGUUCAUAGAAAUGUUUACGAACGUUCAGCCGAAUAUUUUAUUAAUUUUUAACACUAUUUCUGAAAGAUAUAAACAUAUUAAUAUCUUUUAGUUUAAUUUAGAAACUCUGAGCUGUUGUGUUUCUUCUAAAGACUUCGUUUGAGUGCCUGAUUUCAACAAAAAACACAUACACACUCCGAUUAUCAUAUAAAAAUAAUCUUUUUAUAUCUGUACAAAGAAUUUUUCUACCAAAAAUAACAUCAAAUUUGUAUUAGGCAGAAUAUUUCUAACUUUCGCUCUGUUUCAAUCAUGUUCCACUAUAUUAAAAUGACUGUGUGUUCUAUGUCACCUGUCAUAUCUUACUAUGUUACGAUGAGAGCAUAGAAUAUGUGUACUUGGUGCCCCUGAAAUUUAACAAGUUGACGUUAAGUUUCAGUUGCAUUUGAAAAUUAGUUUUUAAGUUUUGCAAUUUUUUUUAUAUACGCGCAGAGAUAUAUAUAUGUAUAUAUGUGUAUAUGUCUACGCGUAUGCAUGUAUAUAUUAAUAGCGCAUAUGCAGCUCUGUUAAUCCGUCUAAAGUGCAUCUUGAUUUUAAGUAUUAAAUUAUAAAGUUUGUGUUAUAAUUAAUGAGUCUACAAAUUUCCUUUAAAAUAUUAUUGUUGAAUUAUAAAAAAAUAUUUUAACAGUAAAUAGUAAUUCUGCUCUGUAUACUUUAUUUAAAUUAUACUUUUAAUAAAGUUUUAGAAGAAAAUGAAAUCUUACCAGGACAAUAUUAUUAAUGAAUAUAACAAGAAGAAAAGCAAAUUUAAAUACAGGAGCACAUAUUAUAAUUUUACUUGCUAAAUAUUAAAAUAUCAAAUGAUUUAGAAAAAGAAAAGAAAAAAUUAUUUUAUAAAAAGAAUUUUAUUACAAUGAAAUCAAGAUUUCCAUACGUAAAAAUAAUAUUAUUUGAAUUUUAUCCAUUUUAUAGGUAAAAACAUAUGCAGAGCUUUCCCCGCGCAGCAUUUAAUAAUAUAUAAAUCUAUAAUAAUUGUUCUGUUUGUAUAGAUAAAAGAAUUUUUCUAUGAAUUACAAUUAUAAAAAAGAUAUUCUAUUCUACCGCGUUAUUAUUUUGAACACGAUAAAACAGAUUUGUUAAUAGGAUUCAUGAGGUCUCUAUACUCUUCAAAUAUAUUCUUGUAAAUAAUUCUUUGUAAGUAGAUAUAAAAAUAAGCAUACAUAAAUAAUUAAUUAAUUGCGUUUCACUUAAGCAAGAAAUAGGUUUCAUGUGUUGUAUGUUUGUUCGUUAGCGGUAAUUCAAGUAAAAUUUUAUUUUUCUUAAAAAAGAUGAUUAUUCUUACAUUUAAAACAAUAUAUCAACUUUAUUUGUUAUCUUUCUUUAUUCUUUUUUUUUAUUGUAUUCAAAUGUUAAUUUUAAACGUUUAUUAAUUUGUAUUUAUUCCUCUGCAUUAUGCAUUGAUCAAUUUUACAUCCAUGAAACGAACAAAUUUAAUUGUACAUUAAAAAACGCAUUGUUAAUUACAAUAAGUAUAAUUUAAUAACGUUAAAUAUUUUAACUAUUUUGAGUCACACAUAAAUUAACUCACAAUAUAGUUUUAUCUUAUAGGAAUGAUUGUAGCAUUAUACAAGAAAGCAUUUUUUAAUUUGUUGUUAUAUUUUUAUAUAUACUCUGGUUUUUAAAUAGUCUACAUUGAAAAUGAUUAAUUUAAAACAUAUUCAUUCUUGAUAUCAAUUUUUGAUAUCAAGGACAAAUUAAUUCGUCUGAUUUUAUAAACCAUCUUGUUACAUGCGAUUUGUAAUAUAAUUGUUUACUUUUAUUAAUAACGAAAUACUAAACUAUAAAAUACAAAUAAAAAGAUUCCGUCUAUCUUCAACCGUAUGCAAAUUAGUAAUGUAUUUUGUAAUAUAUAUUAGUUUGAAUUCUUUCAAAUGAGGCCAAUAUUUAUAAAUACUUACUAAGCUAAUUCUUUGUUUGUAAAAAAAAGAAAAAGGAAUGAAAAUUAUAUACUUAAAUGUAAAUUCCUUAACUCAUCGAAAAAGAAAAGUAAGGAAGCAAAUUUAUUCGUAAACAGUAUAAUACGUAUAAAGAAAACAUCAUUUGAAAAAGUUUAUCGUUAUGCGAUUCAUUAUAUAUUUAAAAAAAGAAAAAUAAAAACUACAAAUGUAAGGUGUAGGUAUGGGAUUCCCUAUUGUUAAAUAUUAUUAUAUUACUACUACUACUACUACUACAACAACAGCAAAAUAUAUAAUAAUUUUUGUUAACAUUGAAUAA